GCUUAUAGGAGAAUGCCUUUCGGUUUAUGUAAUGCACCGGCCACUUUUCAAAGAUGUAUGAUGCACAUUUUCUCUGACAUUAUUGAAGAGAAAGUUGAGGUGUUCAUGGAUAACUUUAGUGUCUAUGGCUCCUCCUUCUCGGAUUGUCUCUCUAAUUCGACACAGGUGUUGGAGAGAUGUGAGCAACACAACUUGGUGCUGAACUGGGAGAAGUGUCAUUUCAUGGUGCAAGAAGGGAUAGUUCUUGGGCAUAAGAUAUCUGAGAAGGGGUUUUAUAGAAGAUUCAUAAAGGACUUCUCAAGGAUUGCCAGGCCCUUAACAAGACUGUUGUGUAAGGAAGUGGAUUUCAUCUUUGAUGCUGAAUGUGAAGAAGCCUUUAAGUUGAUCAAGGAGGCAUUGGUUAGUGCACCAAUAGUUCAGGCACCAGACUGGUCACUUCCUUUUGAGGUCAUGACAGAUGCAUCUGACUUUGCUGUUGGAGCAGUGCUUGGGCAAAAGAAAGACAAGAAGCUGCAUGUGAUCUACUAUGCUAGUAGAACACUUGACUCUGCACAAGAGAAGUAUGCUACAACUGAAAAGGAAAUGCUGGCAAUAGUUUUUGCCUUUGAUAAGUUCAGAAGCUACCUGGUGGGAUCAAAAGUCAUAGUAUACACUGAUCAUGCAGCCCUCAGGUAUUUGAUGACCAAGAAAGAUGCCAAGCCAAGGCUGUUAAGAUGGGUUUUAUUGCUCCAAGAGUUUGAUAUGGAAGUGCUUGAUAAAAAGGGCAUUGAAAAUGGGGCUGCAGACCAUCUCUCAAGGCUGAGGAUUGAAGAAAAGGUCCCCAUAGAUGAUGCUUUGCCUGAAGAGUCUCUGAUGAGCAUUCAAGAAAGGAGGAUGCCUUGGUUUGCAGACAUAGUGAACUAUCUUGCAUGUGGGGUGGAGCCUCCUGAAUUAGAUGCUUACAAGAGGAAGAAGUUCUUCAGAGAUAUCUUUGAUUGCUGGGGGAUUGACUUUAUGGGGCCCUUCAUUUCAUCCUAUGGGAAUCAGUACAUACUUUUUGCUGUGGACUAUGUGUCCAAAUGGGUUGAGGCCAUUGCUUCCCCUACCAAUGAUUCCAAGGUUAUAGUGAAGCUGUUCAAGAGCAUCAUCUUCCCAAGGUUUGGAGUUCCAAGGGUUGUCAUCUCUGAUGGAGGAUCCCAUUUUGUGAACAAGACUCUGGAAGGUUUAUUGAGGAAGCAUGGAGUGAAACACAAGAUAGCUACUCCUUAUCAUCCUCAAACUAGUGGCCAGGUUGAAGUAUCCAAUAUACAGAUCAAAGCCAUUCUUGAGAGGACUGUUAGCUCAAGCAGAAAAGAUUGGAGCAAAAGGCUAGAUGAUGCAUUGUGGGCUUAUAGGACUGCCUUUAAAACUCCAAUUUGGACAUCACCAUACAGUCUACUAUAUGGGAAGAGCUGCCACCUUCCUGUUGAGCUGGAAUACAAGGCUAUGUGGGCUGUGAAGUUGCUGAACUUUGAUAUCAAGACAGCUCAGGAGAAAAGGAUCAUGCAACUCCAUGAACUUGAGGAGAUUAGGCUUGAGGCUUUUGAAAGCUCAAAGAUCUAUAAGGAGAAGACCAAGGUUCUGCAUGAUAAGAAGAUUCUGAAGAGAGAGUUCAAGGAUGGUGAUUUGGUGUUGCUGUUCAACGUGUUAGGUGUGAGUCUGAACCCUUGGAAAAGUGAAUGCAGAAUGAAAAGAGAUGAAGGAAUGGAGACAAGCUUGUGCUCGGCCUUUGACAUGGGCACCGGCCACGGUCAAGAACAGGCGUGGCAAGUCUCUUUGUGCUGCCACGGGGAGAUAAUCACGGUCUCAAGGCCAGGUCGUGGCAAAAGAAGCAUAUGUUCGGCGAAUGCCACGGCCUUGUGA